ACUUUCAGUCAAUUUUAAGUUAACUGCACUCAUAUCAUUUGAUAAAGUUGACUGUUGGGUUUUACAGUGUAUGUUAGUAGAAACAUAAAAAACGUGACUGAACUUCGCUGUACCCUUUACUACAUUUACCUUAUAUUUUGAUGAACAAGCCAGAAAUACAUUGUAGGUUAAUGUGAAAGUCAAAGUGUAUUAGACACCGCUAUGUUUCUGUGGUUCAGUGUGUGUUCCCACAGUUUAUGAUACACUCCGUGAAGUGAAACGCCAACACAGCACCAGCACAGGUGCAGCCGAGAGACUGCCAUGCCCAAAAUCAUGGAGCGCUGUGCCACAGAAAUACUAGCAUCCGAGAAAAGCUCAACCAUUAAAAUGAACAAUACCACAAUCAUCUUUAAUGUUUUAAAAAGAAAAAAAGUCAGCUACAUCUUUGAUGGCUUGAGGAUGCUGGUCCGUGCACUCCUGCAGACCUCUCUGGUCCUGUGGCUGGUACAGAGCACCAUACAGGGAGGAGUUAGGCCACAGACUGGAGCUCUUGGAAGAUUGGCAAGUCGAGGGCCUGGCAUUGGUGCAAAAACUGGAGUGGCUGGAAUUCUCGGAGCUCGUGGCUAUGGAGCAGGCAAGGCAGGGAAAACAAGCGCGGGCCGUUACAUUGGAGGAGCAGCAUACAGACCCACUGCCGUCAGAGGAGGCCUGAAACAAGGAUAUGGGACGCUGGGUUACGGAGGGGCUGCAAACCUUGGUGCUGGCCUUGGCGCUGGUCUUGGGACAGGACUUGGGACUGGUCUUGGGCCAGCUGGACUUGGACUGGGAGCAGCGUAUGGUUUAGGCAAUGGGCUGGGAGCAGCUCUGGGUUAUCCCGGAGGAAAACUUGGAGCUAGAGGUUACACUGGUAAUGGCUAUGGAGCUCAGCUAGGUUAUGGUGCUGGUGGAUACCCUGGCGUUGGACGCGGAUAUGGUGUACCAGCUGGCACAUUCACAGGGCAAAGCUCAAAACCAGCAAAACUGGGUGUUGGGCCUAGAGGUGACCAGCCCAUGUCACAGGGACAGGCAGGUGAUGGUUAUGGUCCUGGAAGGUUCACUAAUGGUCAGAGUCCUAUUGGCAAUGGUUUCCCACCAGGACCAGGAUUGACCAAUGGAAUGAAAGCUCAAACUAAGGGAGCUGUCUUGCCCAGCAGACAGGGCACCAAACCAUCCAAUACGGGGUAUGGGCUUGGUGCUGCCGGAUAUCUUGGAACUGGGUAUACUGAUGGUUAUGGAGCAGGUCUCGGGGCCGGCUUAUAUCCACAAGGAGUUCGAGCAGGAAAGCAGAUCGCAGGCUACAGUAAUGGAUACGGCAGUGAGGUUUAUGGCACAGCAGACGCUUAUGGAGCAGGAGCUGCCUUCCCCUCAGUGUUGGCUGAUAAUGUUGGCCUGAACGGUAUAGCGGGCCUUGGAGCUGGUGGUCUUGGUGGUGCAGGACUGGUAAUGAACCCUGGUGUUGAUGCCAAGUCUAGAAAGUAUGGGGUUGGUGGAGUCCUUGGAGCUGCCGGAUCCUUGCCUUACGGAGGUCAGCCUGUGGUUUCAGCUGGACUCGGCCCUCAGGGCAAGACCGGUGGUUAUGGCGGAGCUACAUAUGGAGGAUUACCAACCCUUGGGCCAGACGCUGGUUUGGGUGGUACAGGUGGAGCAAUGGAGCCUUUAGCAGGUGGAGCUGUAGGCCAGAUUCCUUACAACUCACCAGUCAUCGCUGCUGGACUUGAUGGUGAGGCUGGUUAUCCUUUUGGUGCUGAGCAGCUCAGUCUGGGCGCUGAUGUUUCUAAGGCAGCUGCCAAAUAUGGCACAGGAAGCUAUGCAGCUGCACUAAGCACUGGCGCUCAAGCUCUCUCUGGUACACAGAAAGAUGGAAGCAAGCUUAGUGGCCUUUAUGGCAACGGGUACAAAGGUUGAUUUCUGAAGCCGUGCUGUUAACAUCCUCAAAUUUUUGGACCCUAUUUUUCCUAGUGUUCCUCACCGUUGUGCAGUUUUGUGACCAGUUUUGUUGUCGCUUUGUUUUAUGUGUCUCUUUAGGUGGAUUUUGUAUGUACAUGUUGUUUUGAUGUUCCCCCAGUCUGUCAUUUGUCUCGUCCAGUGGAGUGUUUCGUGUCCCUUGUGUGUCUCUGUAUCUAACUAAAACAUGCUAAGCACUUCAAUGGCUGUUAUUUUAAUUCUUAUGAAAAACUAAACAUUCCACCUUCUAACAUGA